AUGGCCUCACGUCUUGCAAGGAGCGCGGUCGGCGCCGCCCGUCUCCGCCCAUCGCUUCCUCUCCGCGCCCUGCCCUCGAUGGGCAUGCAGGCCCGCUACAACUCCAACCUGCCCCAGGAGGACCCCAAGAAGAAGGCCCAGACCCUCCUCGACUCGAUACCCGUUCCCGGCAACAGCCCCCUCACCAAGGCUGCCGUGCUCUCUGCCGGAGCCGGUCUCUCGGUCGCCGCCAUCAGCAACGAGCUCUACGUCGUCAACGAGGAGUCCAUUGUCGCUCUCUCUCUGCUCACCAUCUUCUGGGCCGUUGCCAAGUACGCCGGACCUGCGUGGGGCGACUAUGCGCAGCAGCAGUUGGACAAGAUCUCGGGUAUCUUGAACUCUGCUCGCCAGGACCACACCGCAGCCGUCAAGCAGCGCAUUGAGAGCGUUCAGGACCUCAGCAGCGUCAUUGAGGUCACCAAGACCCUCUUCGAGGUUUCUAAGGAGACCGCCCAACUCGAGGCCCAGGCUUUCGAGCUCGAGCAGAAGACUGCCAUCGCCGCCGAGGCCAAGUCUGUCCUCGACUCGUGGGUCCGCUACGAGGGCCAGGUCAAGCAGAGGCAGCAGCGCGAGCUUGCCGAGUCCAUCAUUGCCAAGAUUGAGAAGGAGCUCGAGAACCCCAAGACUCUCAAGCAGAUUCUUGACCAGAGCGUCACUGACGUUGAGAGGAUUGUCUCGCAAAAGGCAUAA